AUGGGCGGUGGCGGCAGCGACGGCGGCUCUGGAGGCCGCAGUCCCGGUCCUGGCUUCGGCCCCAGCCCCACCGUGGUGACGCUCGCUGAGCUGCAGGUGCUCCGGGCCGCCCUCCUGGCCACGGCCUCGGGCUACUCCGUCGGCAUCGAUGCGCAUGCCGAGGAGUGCUUCUUCGAGCGGGUCACCUCGGGCACCAAGAUGGGCCUCAUCUUCGAGGUGGCUGAGGGCGGCUUCCUGGACGUUGACGUGGAGAUUACAGGGCCUGAUAAUAAAGGAAUUUAUACAGGAGACUGGGAGUCCAGUGGGAAAUACACAUUUGCUGCUCACAUGGAGGGAACAUAUAAGUUUUGUUUUAGCAGUAGGAUGUCCACCAUGACCCCGAAGAUAGUGAUGUUCACCAUUGAUAUUGGGGAGGCCCCCAGACAACAAAACAUGGAAAGAGAAGCUCACCAGAGCAAGCUAGAAGAAAUGAUUAACGAGCUUGCAGUGGCGAUGACAGCUGUAAAGCAUGAACAGGAAUACAUGGAAGUUCGGGAGAGAGUACACAGAGCAGUCAAUGACAGCGCAAACAGCAGAGUGGUCCUCUGGCCCUUCUUGGAAGCUCUUGUUCUAAUUGCCAUGACACUGGGACAGAUUUACUAUCUGAAGAGAUUUUUUGAAGUCCGGAGGGUUGUUUAA